AUGGAACCGUCACAUGCACAAAGCCACGUAACUGAUGAGAGCUCUAUUCAAGUACAGGAAUCUGGUGUUUCAGAUAUUGGCAGUGAUGGAUAUGACUUAUCAGACUCGGAAAAGGAGCCAGAUCCAUCACCUAAAAUGGAUAGCGAUUUGGAAGUGAUAUCUGAUGAGGAAAUCUAUGAUGGUGACUGUUUGGACGACAAAUAUGCACUGGGGCAAUCCCAUCCAGAUAGCCCUGCAACUGAUGAGAGCUCAAUCAGUGAAGAGGAAUGGUGGGAAUAUAUGAUUGAAAUGGGACUGGAAUUCGAAUCCCGCCAGAAUGUUGCUGAGGUCAAUCAGAACCCAAUUCCUCAAGUGCAUCAACCACCUGCUAAUGAAUUAGACAUUGGUCUGGAGGACCUAAUUGCAUGGAUAUUUGAGAGCAACAUAUUUUCACUGUGUUAUGCUAUUUGGCUCUGCCUGAAAGUUACCGGUCUUGUGAGCUGUCUGCCGACACCUGGAAAUGACAAAUGA